UUCCUCGAUUAGCAUUGUGUUAUCAAAGAUAAGAUAAUUUUAAUUGGUGCAUCGUAUUGUUUGUUUUGUCAUGGGCGCCUGCGGGACCAAAACAUAUCCAGGGCUGACCGAAGAUAUUUUGGAGGACUAUACCUCCUUAACUUAUUUGAACAAAGGAGAAAUAUUAUACUUAAUGAAGAAAUUCUAUUCAAUAGAUCCAGACAAGAUAGAGGCCGACUACGCACACAGGUUCCCGAAAGAUGAAAUUAUCAAAAAGUUCGAAGUUCUAAAGAACAAUCCAUUCCGAGACCGUCUGUUCCGCGUGUUCUCGUCGAAGCAGGACGGCUGCUUCUCCUUCGAGGACCUCCUGGACCUGUGUUCCGCCAUGAGCCCCGACUGCCCGGCGGAAGUGAAGGCGGCGUGGGCUUUCCGAGUUUAUGACAUCGACGAGGACAACCAGAUAUCGUCGCGAGACAUCUACGACAUUCUAGACCGCAUCACCUGGGACCCCAACAACCGGAAUAUGUUCCUGGAUAGAGAAUCCAAAAUUAAGAUUGCUAAAGUUAUACUAAAAGAAGUAAACCUCGAUCACAGCGAGACCAUCGGCCUCAACGAGUUCAAACUGAUCCUGCCGAGAAUACCAGAGUUCACUUCGUCGUUUUAUUUCAGACUGUGAUGGUAAUCAAUAAAUAAGUAUUUCAAGCA